UUACUUCGCUUGCGGAUGUUGGUUACAUAUCUUGCAACGAGCCGCCAAGCUAUUCAGGGGUUCUACGUCUGACUCACCAGUCCCAUGUAUUGGUCUAUAACGUGGCGUUGUACUGUCACUUUAUCCAUCAGACCACUAUAAUUCCCACGACCGGUCUAAAAUGCUCCAAAGGAUUGUCUUUCUUAAUUUUCUUCCACCAACAACUACUUCUUUCUAACCUACCUAUUUCAUUUUACUUCACAGGACUUCCCAAGAUGCCGAAACUUGACGCGAUAGUUUACUCACGCGACGCGACUAUUAAAGCUGUGCGAGACUACUACGCCUUCCUUACUACUAUGUAUCUUAACGAGGAUGCGAUCGCAACACCACCUGAGGAGGGCUGGCCAAGCAUCUCUGGUGCUGACAGAAGUCGCCUGGCAGAGCUGGGUAAAAGCGAUGAGGUACUGAGCCUACUCGCACACCUACCCUAUUUACGUAGCGAUGGAGAUCAAAAUUAUCUGGCACAUGGCACCUUUGAUUCCUAUUUCGCCGAUUGGCGCGAAAUGAUUGGGGGGCUCGUCGAAGGCAAGAGCACUGGCGAUGGACUCAAGAUGAUCACAGAAAAAUAUUACCUUUACGACAUUUCGCCUCCACAUAUCAUAAGUCUUACUACCGGCUCCUACGACGUUCCGUUGUUCGUGCUUGACACGAAGUUCGGCGUCAUAUCCUGGCCUAAUUGUCCGGAUGGGAUCAGAGACAACCCGUCGCGAGAGCCUAUAGAAGACGACACGUAUGAGUACGCGCCGAGGAAUGGGACUGAGCGUGAUGAUUGGCGUCAUGAUAGGCAAACUUGGGCCAUUGCGGAUUUCUUCGAGGUGUUGAAGGAUCAGUUCCGUACGCUGCAAUUUGUCCCCAUUAGCCCGUAUACCGUGAGCGGUGUCUACUACUUAUGGACCCAACAGCUAGAAGACAUGUUAUCCAUGGUGCGAGAGAUUUAUCAGGAGCAUGGCUGGCCUGACCCGGAUCGCUAUCGCAAACGAGAAUGCCUAGAUGCAAUCCAGAAGGCGUUGGAGGAGAAAUAUCCAGACGAAGCCGACUUUGUUAGGGACUAGUUACGGCCGGUUCGUCGCCGUUGCAAGCUAUUGGGGUGUUUCCCAUGCCAAUCAGCAUUGGCAUUGGCAAGAUGUUAGU